CAGUGUCAGCUUAGCUGAAGUUAGAAUCAUGUUUUUCCUUAUGCUGGAUCUGUAUCUGAGAGGAAGCUGCCUCGGUGUUGAAUUCAGUAAAGGAAUACUAAGGAGACAAGUAGAUUUUUGUUUAUAAUUCUGAGACUGGUGGUGUAGCAGUUUCGUUCUGCAACAACCAGCACUGUUUCGUUGUUUCAAAUGGCCCUGGAAUGUUGGAUAUAGCAUUCUAAGAAAGUCUUCCUUGAGCAUCUGCUUUGGACUUCUGAUGCUUACAUGCUGUGGUAUGAGGAAGACGAAGAAUAUGAAAGGGAAGAUGUUCAAAAGAAAACAUUCACAAAAUGGAUAAAUGCACAGUUCUCUAAGUUUGGUAUUCAUCCAAUUGAAGAUCUCUUCAGAGAUUUGCAAGAUGGUCGAAAGCUUUUGGAGCUCCUGGAAGGUCUUACACGCCAAAAACUUGGGAAAGAAAAGGGCUCCACUAGAGUUCAUGCCUUGAACAACGUCAAUAAAGCACUACAAAUCUUGCAGAAAAAUAAUGUAGAUCUGGUAAAUAUUGGCAGUAUAGAUAUUGUGGAUGGAAAUCAUAAAUUGACCCUUGGAUUGGUCUGGAGUAUAAUUCUCCACUGGCAGGUAAAAAAUGUUAUGAAAAGCAUCAUGGCUGGACUGCAACAAACAAACAGUGAAAAGAUCUUGUUAAGCUGGGUUCGUCAAUCAACUCAGAACUAUCCACAGGUCAAUGUUUUUAAUUUCACCAAUAGCUGGUCUGAUGGUUUGGCUUUCAAUGCGCUCAUACACAGUCACAGGCCCGAUCUCUUCAAUUGGGACGAUGUAGUUUAUCAACAGUCCACUGUGCAGCGAUUAGAUCAUGCAUUCAAUAUAGCAAAACAACACCUGGGAAUUGAGAAACUCCUUGAUCCUGAAGAUGUUGCAACAACCUAUCCUGACAAGAAAUCCAUCUUGAUGUAUGUGACAUCACUUUUCCAAGUCCUGCCCCAGAAGGUUACUCUAGAAGCCAUCCAUGAAGUUGAAACAUUGCCACAGGAAGUAAAGCACAUUAGAGAACAACAAAUCCAAUUACAUCCACAACGGUUUUCUCAACAGAUCAAAGUCAGUGUAGCACAGGGCCAUGUGUGCACCCCUUCACCUAAGCCUCGUUUCAAAAGCUAUGCGUACACACAAACUGCUUAUGUCAUGUCCCCUGACCAAAAAGGGAGGAUGUUCCCUCCACAGCGUUUCGAAAGUCAAGAACAGAAGUUAUUUGCAACUUCACCCAGGAGUUCAGAAAGAGACCUAGAAAGCUACCAAACUGCAUUAGAAGAAGUCCUCUCGUGGCUUCUCUCUGCUGAGGAUUCAUUGCAAGCACAAGGAGAGAUCUCCACUGACGUAGAGGAAGUUAAAGAGCAGUUUCACACACAUGAGGGUUUUAUGAUGGAAUUAACUGCUCACCAAGGACGUGUUGGUGAUGUUUUGCAAGUAGGCAGCCAACUUUUGGGAACAUUUGGAAAGCUUUCAGAAGAUGAAGAAAAUGAAAUACAAGAACAAAUGAAUCUUCUAAAUUCACGCUGGGAAAAUCUCAGAGUCACAAGCAUGGAAAAACAGAACAAUUUACACCAAGUUCUAAUGGAUUUACAAAACCAGCAGCUCAGAGAGCUAUCUGACUGGUUAGCUAAAACAGAAAAAAGAACAGCAAAGAUGGAGUCAGAAUAUUUGGGGCCUGAUCUAGAAGGCUUAAAGAGGCAGGUAGAAGAACAUAAGAUUCUUCAAGAAGACUUAGAACAGGAACAAGUCAAGGUUAAUUCACUCACUCAUAUGGUAGUUGUAGUAGAUGAAGCUAGUGGAGAUAGGGCUACAGUUGCAUUAGAACAACAACUUCAGCAUUUGGGAAACCGUUGGGCAGCAAUUUGUAGAUGGACAGAGGACCGUUGGUUUAUUCUGCAAGAUGUUCUUCGGAAAUGGUUGCAAUUUAUUGAAGAACAGGGUCUUUUGGAUACAUGGUUUACUGAAAAGGAAGAAUUUGUGACUACUAUCAAUACUACCGAUUUCAAAGACCAGAAGGAAAUGUUGGAAAAUCUACAAAAAUUGGCUAUUUUGAAAGGAGAAUUGGAAAUCAAGAGACAAUCUAUGGAUAAACUGAAUUCCCUCAGCCAGGAUCUUCUUUCAGCAGUAAAAAGUAAAGGAUUAUCACAAAAACUGGAAGGGUGGCUACAAAACAUUAAUCAGCACUGGGAUAGUUUGGCACAGAAGCUGGAGGGCAGUUCCAAGCAGAUUUCACAGGCGGUUGCUGCCACUCAAACAUCACUAACACAGACCACAGUAAUGGAGACUGUGACCAUGGUGACCACCAGAGAGCAGAUUCUGGUUAAACAUGGUAAAGAGGAGCUCCCACAAGUGCCACCUCCCAAGAAGAGGCAAAUGGUUGUGGAUUCAGAAAUUAGGAAAAGAUUUGAUGUUGAUACAACAGAACUUCACAGUUGGAUGACUCGCUCAGAAGCUCUACUACAGAGUCCUGAGUUUGCAAUAUAUAGAAAAGAAGGAAACCUAUCUGAUCUCAGAGAAAAAGUUAAUAUCAUAGAAAGAGAAAAACCUGACAAGUACAGGAAACUUCAAGAUGCCAAUAGAUCAUCUGAGGCCCUCGUAGAACAGAUGGUGAAUGAUGGGCUUAAUGCCGACAACAUCAAACAGGCUUCAGAGCAGUUGAACAACCGGUGGAUUGAGUUCUGUCAGUUACUGAGUGAAAGACUGGCAUGGCUGGAGUACCAAAACAACAUCAUUGCCUUCCACUCUCAGCUGCAGCAAUUGGAGCAGACAGUAAUUACUGUUGAAAAUUGGAUGAAAGCACAGCUCUUACCAGCAGCAGCAGAUCAUGAUGUAGUGAAAGCACAGUUAGAUAGGUGUAAGGAUGAAGUGGUCCGCUUGUCAAGCAUUCAACCUCAGAUAGAAAAACUGAAGGCACAAGGCAAAGCACUAAAAGAGAACCAGCAGUGUCCAGUGUUUUUGGAAGCAGAUCUUGUUGCCUUUACUAAUCAUUUCACUCAUGUGUAUGAUGAUUUGAAAGCUAGAGAAAAGCAGCUGCAAACAACUUUUGAUAUUUUGCCACCGGUACGGUAUAAAGAAAUUAUGAACACAAUUCUCUUGUGGAUACAACAAUCCGAAACAAAGCUCUCCAUUCCACAAGUUACUGUCACAGAUUUAGAAACCAUGGAGAAAAGGCUCAGGGAGCUAAAGGCCUUACAAAGUUCUCUGCAAGAACAGCAAAAUGGAAUCAAUUAUUUAAGCACAACUGUGGAAGAGAUGUCUAGGAGAGCUCCUGCAGGGGUCAGUCAGAAGUACCGGUCAGAAAUUGAGGUAAUCCUUAGUCGUUGGAAGAAGUUAUCGACUCAGCUGGUGGAAAAUUGUCACAAACUUGAGGAACAGAUAACAAAGUUGAAGCAAUUCCAGAAUAACACAAAAACCUUGAAAAAAUGGAUGGCGGAAGUGGAUAUUUUUCUAAAUGAAGACUGGCCAGUCCUUGGAGAUUCAGAAGCACUAGAGAAACAGUUAGAACAGUGUACAGCUUUGGUGAAUGACAUCCAGACAAUCCAGCCCAAUUUAAAUAGUGUUAAUGAGAUUGGACAAAAAAUGAAGAAGGAAGCAGAGCCAGAAUUUUCUUUGAAAUUACAGAAUGAUCUUAAAGACCUGAAUACUCAAUGGGAUGAUAUUUGCCAACAGGCCUAUGCUAAGAAAGAAGCAUUGAAGAAUAGUUUGGAUAAAACUGUAAGUCUACGAAAGGAUUUGUCAGAAAUGCAUGAGUGGAUUACACAAGCAGAAGAUGAAUAUCUGCAGAGGGAUUUUGAAUACAAAACACCAGAUGAACUGCAGAAAGCUGUUGAAGAACUAAAGAGAGCGAAAGAAGAGGCCCAACAGAAAGAGGUGAAAGUAAAGCUUCUCACUGACUCUGUGAACAAUUUUAUAGCAAGGGCUCCACCUGCAGCUCAUGAGGCUUUGAAAAAAGAACUUGACGUUUUAACUAAAAACUACCAGCGAUUGUGCAGCAGGCUAAAUGGGAAAUGCAAAACACUGGAGGAGGUAUGGGCAUGUUGGCAUGAGCUUCUGUUGUAUUUGGAUAUUGAAAACAAAUGGUUGAAUGAACUGGAAUUGAAAAUCAAGGCAACAGAAAAUAUUCAAGAAGGUACAGAAGAAGUAUCAGUAGCACUAAAUUCUCUGGAAACAUUAAGGCAACAUCCAGAAGAUAAUCGCAAUCAGAUUCGUGAAUUGGCACAAACUUUAACAGAUGGUAGAGUUUUGGAUGAAUUGAUCAAUGAGAAACUUGAAAAAUUCAAUAUUCGGUGGGAAGAGCUACAACAGGAGGCUGUGAGAAGACAGAAGUUUCUUGAACAAAGUAUCCACUCUGCUCAGGAGAUUGACAAAACCCUUCAAUUAAUUCAAGAGUCUCUGACCUUCAUUGAUCGACAAUUAACAGGAUACAUUACAGACCGAAUUGAUGCAGCACAUGUACCUCAAGAAGCACAGAAAAUUCAGUCAGAGCUGACAAGCCAUGAGAUUAGCUUGGAUGAAAUGAAGAAACGUAACCGGGGUAAAGAUUCUGCCAAAAGGAUAUUCUCUCAAAUUGAUACUGCACAGAAAAAAUUACAAGACGUCUUCAUGAAAUUUCGCUUGUUCCAAAAGCCAGCCAAUUUUGAGCAGCGAUUACAAGAAAGUAAAAGGAUUUUAGAUGAAGUGAAAAUGCAAGUGCCAAAGUUGGAAUGGAGAAGUGUUGAGCAGGAAGCAAUACAGUCACAGCUGGAUAAUUGUAUGAAAUUAUAUAAAACUCUUAGUGAAGUGAAAUCUGAAGUGGAAACAGUAAUAAAAACUGGGCGCCAGAUUGUAACAGAAAAAAAGCAAGAACUAGAGAAAUGUUUGAAAUUAUCUCGGAAACUCAGAAAGGAAAUGAAUUCUCUGACAGAAUGGCUGGCAAUGAUAGAUUCAGAACUGACAAAGAGAUCAGCAGUAGAAGGAGUGCCUAUCAAUUUAGAUGCUGAACUUGCCUGGAGCAAGGGAACACAGCUGGAGACUGAAAAACGACAGCAUCAGCUGAAGAUUAUCACUGACUUGGGAGAGGGACUGAAGAUGGUGCUUAAAGGGAAAGAAAGAUUGGUGAAUGAUAAACUCAGCCUUCUCAAUAGUAACUGGAUUGCAGUAACUUCACGAGCUGAGGAAUGGUUUAAUUUGCUGCUGGCAUAUCAGAAACACAUGGAAACAUUUGAUCAAAAUGUUGCAAAUAUCACUACAUGGAUGUAUCGAACAGAAAUACUCUUGGAUGAAUCUGAAACCCAAAGCCCCCAAGAGAGAGACAACAUUCUUAAGUGCUUAAAGGCUGAGCUAAAUGAUAUGCAUCCAAAGGUGGAUUCUAUUCGUGACCAGGCAGUUGACUUGAUGACAAACCGUGGAGGUCACUGUAGGAAAGUAAUAGAACCUAAACUGACAGAGCUCAACCAACGGUUUACAACAAUAUCAGAAAGAAUUAAAUGUGAAAAGCCCUUCGUUUCUUUAAAGGAAUUGGAGCAGUUUAACUUUGACAUACAAAAAUUGCUUGAACCACUGGAGGCUGAAAUUCAGGAAGGAAUGAAUCUGAAAGAAGACGACUUCAAUAAAGAUAGGAGUGAAAAUCAUGAGGGCACUAUAAAAGAAUUGCUUCAACGUGGAGAUAUGCUUCACCAAACAAUCAAGGAUGAACAAAAAAAAGAAGAAAUAAAAAAGAAACAGCAUUUGUUGCAAAACAGACAUAAUGCUCUCAAGGAUAUGAGAUCGCAAAGAAGGAAAAAAGCUUUGGAGAUUUCACAUCAGUGGUAUCAAUAUAAGAAGCAGGCAGAUGAUUUAAUGAAGUUUUUGGAUGACAUAGAAAAAAAAUUGUCAAUUCUGUCAGAUCCCAUAGAUGAACAUAAACUAAAGGAAAUUGAUCGAGAACUGGAGAAGAAGAAGGAAGAGCUGAAUGUGGUACAGAGGCAGGCUGAUCGCUUGUCUAAGGAUGGGGCUGCAAAAGCAGUGGAACCAACCCAGAUACAGCUCAGCAAGCGCUGGCAAGAUAUUGAGAGCAAAUUUGCUCAAUUUCGAAGACUCAACUAUGCACAAAUUCAAACUGUUCAUGAGGAGACUACUGUACUGAUGACUGAAGAUGUGCCAAUGGAAACUUCUUAUGUGCCUUCUGCCUACCUGACAGAGAUCCAACAGCUUCUACAAGCCUUGUCCAAUGUGGAAGACCUGCUUAAUUCUCCCACUCUUCAGGGGAAGGACUAUGAAAAUCUUGUUAGAAAAGAAGAUGAUCUCAAGAAAAUUAAGGGCACCCUAAGGAGAUAUUCAGAUCAAAUUGAAAUCAUUCAGAACAAGAAGCCUGCAGUUCUGAAAAGUGCCACACCUGGUGAAGCUAUGAAAAUUGAAGAAAAGCUGACUCAGCUUACUUCCCAGUGGGAAAAAGUUAAUAAGAUAUAUUGGGAUCGACAGGCAAAAUUUGACAAAUCACUGGAGAAAUGGAGAAAUUUCCAUCAUGAAAUGAAGAAUUUUAACUUCUGGCUAACUGAAGCAGAACAAACCUUAGCUAAAAUAAGAGUAGAACCUGAUGAUCCAAAUGUUUCUAAAAGCAAGCAAUACAUCCAGGUAUGCAAUGCUUAUAUUUUUAUUGUAUGA